CACCCUUCUCUUUGGUGGUUUUGCAGUUCUCUUUCCCUGGCAAUGCAUGUGGAGCUUCCAUCCGCACCCCCCAGAGAGGACACAUCUUGCAUUGGUUCCUGUUGUUAAAUGAAUUCCGUGUCACCAACCUCAGUGCAGUACUUAAGCCAGGAUGAGCUGCGCCACUCAGAGGGAAGGCAACUCUUUAAUCCCAGGGUCAGUAGCCAAGGGAGGGGCUACCCAGGGUUCUUCCUUGGAGGAGGUGCAGCACGGAGCCAGCAAAGUGAGCCUGAUGAAGUGGACAAGAUCAAGAGCAAGUUCCUCUCUACUUGGAACAAUGUAAAAUAUGGCUGGAUGGUCAAGACCAAAACCAAUUUCAGCAAGCUUUCCCCAGUCCACCUUUUCGGACACACCUACCACUUGGAACGAGAUGAAGAUGUGGAGAGUUUCCAAAAGGACUUUGCUUCCCGCAUCUGGCUGACCUAUCGUCGGGAUUUUCAGCAGCUGGAAGGCACCAUGUGGACCACUGACUGUGGCUGGGGCUGCAUGUUGCGUAGUGGGCAGAUGCUUCUUGCUCAGGGACUCAUUGUUCACUUCCUUGGCAAAGACUGGAUCUGGCCAGAUGCUCUUCUAACCACAAGUUUAGCAGCUAUGGAGCCCAUGAAGUCCUCCCACCUUCCUUGUCCCAGCACAGCCAGCCUCCAUCAGGCCCCACCCAUCCCCACUGACAGGAGCAGAGGCCCCUGGGAGUUGUGGGCUCCCCAGCACACCUGCAGUCCUGAUGAACUGGAGAAGGAGCGUUAUCACCGGAAGAUUGUCUCCUGGUUUGCAGACAGACCUCAAGCACCUUUUGGGAUCCAUCAUCUAGUCAAUAUGGGGCACACUUCGGGGAAAAAAGCUGGGGAUUGGUAUGGCCCUUCUGUUGCUGCCCACAUCAUAAGGAAAGCAGUGGAUUGCUGUCCAGAAGCAGGAAAUCUGGUGGUGUAUGUGUCCCAGGAUUGCACAGUGUACAAAGGAGAUGUGGCAAACCUGGCCAACAAGAGUGAAGGCAUAACAGCAUGGGACCCUGGGGCAGAAUGGAAAGCAGUCAUCAUCCUGGUGCCCAUGCGACUGGGGGGAGACGCUUUUAACCCUGCUUACAUGGACUGUGUUAAGGAACUACUGAAGCUAGAGUUCUGCAUUGGGAUAAUUGGUGGGAAACCAAGGCAUUCACUCUACUUCAUUGGAUACCAAGAUGAUGCCCUCCUCUACUUGGAUCCCCACUACUGCCAGCCUUUUGUGGACACCACCAAGGAGAACUUUCCCCUGGAGUCCUUCCACUGUAACUCCCCCCGCAAAACAGCCUUCACCAAGGUGGAUCCCAGUUGCACUAUUGGCUUUUAUGCCCGUCACAGGACAGAGUUUGAGGAUCUGUGCUUGCACUUGACACAGGUCCUGAACUCAACUGCCAAAGAGAAAUAUCCCAUGUUCUCAGUUGUGGAGGGCUGCACUCAGGAGUAUGGCUUGGAGGAGUUUUGUGCCCGUUUCUCCCAGCAAACAGUGCAAGUGGAACAGUCUAGCAGGCGGGGCAGGGCAAAAAAGCCCUCAGCGGAGGAUUUUGUUGUCUUAUGAUUGCUGGCUGGGAAGCCCCAACACUACACUGACUUAUUUAUUUUUUAUUUAUAUAGAGAAUGCAGGCCUGUAGUGGAGCUGCCUGAGUCUUAAUUCCCAGGAAGGGGGCUCCUGUGUCAUACCAAGAGUGACUCUUUGAUCUGACCUGCUGCACCAUGACUCUUCCUCAGGGAAGAGGCUGCAAAUAUACUUUCUUGAGGUCACCAAAUUCUUGUGGGGACCUAUUCUGAAUGAGAGGCUGCUACCAGAAGAAAGUCAUGACACUGGAAUAAACCUGCUGCAUAUGAGCAAAGCAUAUUUAGUACUAAAAUGCCUGUACAGGGUAAGAAUCUAGGCCUUUAAAGAAAAAUAAGUGGGCAGCUAAUGAUGAGCGGUGGAAAACCUUUGAAAGUGUGGUGGUGGGUGAGUUCCAGGUUUGUGUUUCUGCUGCUGAGAUUCCAGGGCUUCUUAACUAGCUGUUCCAUGGAGUGAUAACUCCUGAACUCAGUCAGGCCUUUGGGUUGCUGCUGUACCUGAUAAUAUAUUACUAGUAAGCCUAUACCGUUGCUUCUCUACAACAGGUAUGAUUCCCCCCCCCCCACCUGAAGCCAUCAUAAACUAAGGCGGGGAACAGCUUGGGCUGUUUUUCGAAUUGGUCUAUGGGCUUCUUUAAUUUUGUAUGCAUACACAUACAGAGAAGAGCCUGUGUUCACUCUAGCUGCAGGAUGAACAUUCCCUAACCUAGAAACUAUUUAAAACAUGUGCUCCCAAACAGUUGAUCACUGAUGUAGCAGAAUUAGGAAAACCAAAACAAAUAAUGGCUAGUUAACAAAGUCUUGGGUUAUGAUUUCAGAAUGUGCAGGAAGACUUCCCAAAGAAAAGAGUGGAAGAGACAUGUAAUUCGGUGUUAGAAUUGUGGAACUCAGCUCUCAAUGCAAACAACUAGUCUCUGAAGAGGAAUCAAAAUCAAAGAACUUCAUUGAGUACACAAGAAUAGAAGUUUCCAAGUCAGUGUUUAAGCUGAAACUGAUCACUCUCCGCCCCAAUACAAUAUACAACCCCCAAAAGCUAAAAAUCCCAUUCCCUAAAUUGGCGUAGUUUCAACAAUUACAUGCCCCUCCAUCUGCCCCUCUUCUCGCCAUUCAAAAAACGCUACCAGGCCAGAAGCAUAAAGACUACAAAGUAAAAUGAUUUCUACCCAUUCCAUCUGGCAUAGGCCAAAGUGAACCAGACACUCAAGGCCAGGGAAAAACUAUUAGGCCUGAGUGUCUACCACUCCUGUUCAUACAUAGAAAAGCCAGAUUAUCCUACCACAUAUAUCCAUAACCCAAAACACACAUGCUAUCCUGGCAGAACCAACUAUGAGUUCUGACAGCAACAGUGAAUUCAGUUUUAAAACGUACGAAAGGUAAAACAUAAUCUAAACCCUCCACUCCCGCAUGAAACAUCACCCUGGGACAAAGCCAUAUGCACUGGAGUAGCUGUAGUGAAACAGUAUUCAGCGACCACUGGAGUGUUUCACGCUCAGCAUAUUUGACUUCUCUGUCCAUCCUCUCCUGUCCCUCAGUACCGUUUCUAGAGUGUUUUUUCCUGCCAGUUUUUGUCAAGGUGCAACUGAAGGAUAAGCUAGGCUGUAACAGCCUGGGUAUCAACAAAGCCAGACGGAGGUGCGCCUCUACUUUUGGUCAAGGACUAGUGUUUGAACUCGAGUGUGUGCCAGUGACCUAGAACUUUUCCUGCAAAGUCAAUAUCCCCUUCCAGAUCUGUUGUAGCCAAUAAAAGUUCUACCCGAAGA